AUGCUGGAAGCCCACCAGUGGGCCUCCCAAAAGGAAGGCUUUGGGAGAGCCUUGUCAUGGGGAGGGGAGGGCGCCAACAAAGGUUAUGGGCACUAUAUAUAUCCAAAUACUUUCUUCCGAUAUGAAGGAGAAUGGAAAGAUGGGAAGAAACACGGUCAUGGAAAAUUGCUGCUUAAGGACGGAAGUUACUACGAAGGUGAUUUUGCAGAUGGUGAGAUCGUAGGAAAGGGACGACGUUAUUGGGCAUCAUCAGGAAACACCUAUUCUGGGCAGUUUGUUUUAGGUGAACUUCAAGGGCACGGAAUAAUGAAAUACAAAGAAGGCGGCAAAUAUGAAGGAGAAUUUUUAAACGGAGUGAGAGAAGGGCACGGCCACCUCAGUGUGACUUCUUCAGCCAGGGCUCGCAUGUUCAGACUUUGGAAACCUAGUGAAGCAAAUCAGAGUCUCCUAUCUCAAUAUCCAGGAGAUAGUUUGGAUAAAUUUAUGCCCAUCUCCAAGGUCACCCCAAACCUUAUUAAUGGAACUUGGGGACAAUGGCGAAAUGGUGUAUUCAAUGGUCAAGGCCUCAUGAUUCAUUGCUCUGGAACCAUCUAUGAUGGCCUGUGGAUCAAUGGCUAUCCAACAACCCAAGCUGCAAAGAUUGUGAUUUUGGGUCCAGAGGUGGUUUCGGUGAUUCAGGGAUCUUCGAUCACCUUAAGGAUUCAGCUCCAAACCCAGGAUGGGGAAGUUGCCGAAAGUGAGACUGGCAGAGUAUUAAAGAUUGAGGCUGGAGUCCGAUACGUGCAGCUGCAGGAUUUCUCAGAUUUCAGUUUUUUCAAGGUGACUGGAGAUGCUGAGGUGAAACCGAUCCAAACACCCUUUGGAUUUGAGUGCAUUAACUAUCCUCUGAUGCUUCCUGUGUCGGCGAAGCCGGAGACGGACACCUCCAAAUCGGAUCUUCCUGAAGAUACUUCCGAUUUCCAAAAGGAGGAUACAGAGAGAGAAUCCCUAUUGGAAUCCCUACUGGAUGAUGGAAAAGAUGACUCUGAUGAUCUGGAUGAAGAACCUCAUCUGAUCUCAAACCCAGUAAACCAGAAUUUUGAUUCUCCACAUUAUCAGCAAGUUCAUCGUGGCUACGCUUUGUUUCCUAAUGUCCAUCUUGCCGCUCCUCCCCCAGAGUACCAUCCCAUGAUAUUCAUAACCAACAAGAAGGAAGACCAAAAACGAGAUGGCACCCGAUAUCCUGAAAAGAGGGGUAAUUCGAAGAAGAAGAUGCUACGAGGCAGGUACAGUGGGCUUUCUGCUCUCCCUGCCACUCAGCCGGAGACAAUGACUGGCCUCCCGACAAUCCUCAUUAUCACACCUGUUCCAUCCAGACACCUGGUGGUCCCUGCUAACGUGCACCAGCCAGGCUGCUUAGCCUAG